CGUCCUAGGUUAGCCACGGGCGUCUCCCGGGCGACGGGCUCCGCACAAGAUGGCGGACGAGAAAGACAAGGAAAGCUCAGAGAUAGUAGUAGCAGAAUUACACAGAAAAAUCAAAGAGGCUUUUGAAGUGUUUGACCAUGAGUCGAAUAAUACAGUGGAUGUGAGAGAGGUCGGAACAGUCAUCAGGUCCUUAGGAUGCUGCCCUAACGAAGGAGAGCUGCAUGACCUGAUUGCAGAGGUAGAGGAAGAAGAACCCACUGGAUACAUUCGAUUUGAAAAAUUUCUUCCAGUGAUGACCAAUAUACUACUGGAAAGAAGAUACAGACCAAUUCCAGAAGACAUCCUUCUUCGAGCUUUUGAGGUAUUAGAUUCAGCUAAACGUGGGUUUCUUUCUAAGGAAGAAUUGGUCAGAUAUAUGACUGAAGAAGGUUACCUUCAAAUUAAUUAAGCUGACAAAAUGAAAAAUGACUGGAACGACCCCAGGUUUGGCACGGACAGGUCUUGAGAGGGAGCAGCGCGACCACGAGUGGGAACGAGGGGCGAGGCGGUGAAGACCCGUGGCACACUGCCGCAGUCUGAGUGGAAGCGGGUGUGGAAACGAACCGAACAGUCAGUUCCUGAUGAGCGCCCAUUACAGAUCUCAUUUGAGCCGGUAAUGACUUAGCGCGAAAAUGUAACUGUGCUGAUCCAGCAU